AUGCCGUAUCCAAAUAAAAAAGGAUUGAACAUAGUUCAAGUCGAUGUUAAAGACGUCAGGUUUCCCACAUCCCUAGGAGGACACGGAUCUGAUGCAUUGCAUACUGACCCAAACUACUCAUGUGCGUACGUCACCACAACGACGCAAAAUGGCAAGCAGGGUUUCGGACUGACGUUUACAUGUGGCCGUGGAACGGAGAUUGUGGUGCUGGCCAUUCGGUCUUUAAAAAGAUUUAUCAUUGGAAAGAAUGCUGCUGAAAUAUUUAGCAAAUUUUCUGAAUUCUGGCGGACUAUUACGAAUGAUUCACAAAUGAGAUGGAUUGGACCCGAGAAAGGAGUAGCUCAUCUUGCAGCAGCAGCUGUUCUCAAUUCAUUAUGGGAUUUGUGGGCUCGGAUUGAAAACAAACCUUUAUGGAAAUUACUACUAGAUUUGGAGCCAGAGGAGUUAGUCUCAACAAUUGACUUUCGUUAUAUAAGCGAUGUAGUCACUAAAGAAGAAGCCGUUCAAAUGCUGAAGGCUAUGCAAAAUGGGCGGGAAGAGAGGGUGAACUUCUUGGAAACAAAUGGAUAUCCAGCGUAUACCACACAAGUUGGUUGGAUGGGGUAUAGCGAUGAAUUGGUGGAAGAACUUUGUCGCAAAUAUUUAGAUCUAGGAUUUACGCAUUUCAAAGUAAAGGUUGGUCGUAGUGUAGAGGAUGACCUCAGAAGAGCAACUGUUGUUCGAAAAUGUAUAGGAGACGAGAAGGUCUUGAUGGUAGACGCGAAUCAAGCAUGGGAUGUGGAGGAAGCUAUUUCGUGGAUGAAGAAACUAGCUCAUUUGCAUCCAUUAUGGAUCGAAGAACCUACGUCACCUGAUGACGUGCUUGGUCAUGCUGCUAUUGCUAAAGCUUUAAAGCCAUAUGGCAUCGGGGUGGCGACUGGUGAAAUGUGUGCAAAUCGCGUUAUGUUCAAGCAAUUUUUGCAAAGCGGUGGCAUGCAGUAUUGUCAAAUUGACUCUGCCAGAAUCGGAGGGAUUAACGAAAUACUCUCUGUGUACCUUAUGGCUCAAAAACUUAACGUGAAAGUAUGUCCACACGCUGGCGGUGUUGGUCUUUGUGAAAUGGUGCAGCAUUUACAGUUUUGGGACUACGUAUGCCUCUCCGGGAGUAUGGAGGGCCGACUUAUUGAAUACGUGGACCAACAGCACGAACAUUUCACUGACCCAUGUGUUGUUGAAAAGGCUAGAUAUAUGGCGCCUAAGAUGGCAGGUUACAGUACAAAGUUUUUGCCGGGAACUGUGGAGAAGUUCGCUUACCCAAAUGGCAGUGAAUGGAAGAGAAUGAUUAGUGAAGGUGUAUUUCCUGCGCCUGACGACGCUGAAUUAGUCAACGAAUGA